CUAGCCCUAUAUGAGACCGAGGUCAGUUGAUCCAACGGUCCUAGUUCGAUCAUGCUCCCAGGAUAUUCCCUGUGCACAGCUGCACUACCCCUCGGUACUCCACCGUUUUCACUUCAACGCAAAAUCUUCGCCUCUUUCUCUUUUCCACUAACCCUUCAUCCUCAUUUGUCUCUCUUGAAUGUGAAUCCGAAUCUUGAAGCUCGUACAUUUUAUUAUCUGUCAAACCGUGGUGUUGACGUUUAGUUUGCACUCUCUGCUUCGAGUCACGGGCAAUGGGACUAGGGUUAGGUUUAGGGUUACGCUAGCUCUCAGCGAUUCUCACGGUAACUAUUCGGAGUUGCAGAAGCUUUUGCUCAGUUGAUAGUUUAGGGUUUCGGUUGUCGCCAUGUCCGAUCAUUCGAGGGGUCGCGUUACCAUCACUCUAGGGCGUAGUGGUCAGGUUGUGAAGAGGGAUGUAUCUUCUGUAGAUGUUUCUUCUUUUUCUUCUCUUCCCUCAGCUGGCACUAAGCGGUCUGUAAGAGACAGGAUUGGAAACAAUGUAGAUGGUUCUGUGUGGCACGGAAAUGGACUUGGCGGCAAUAAACGACAGCGAGGAGAUGUAAGCAUACAAAAUGGACUGGAUGGAAAUGAUCUUCGGUUGAAGCUCAUGCAAAAAAGUGCAUCUAGGCAUGCUGACAGCAACGGUAGUAAGAGGCAUAUGGAUCUCCGUGAAAAACUUUCAAAGACAGCUCACUCUCUGACAAAUAGUUUUAGUUCAAAGCAGCGUAUGCCAGAAUCAAGGGAAACAAGUUUGUUGAGGCAAAUUCCCUCGGCUAGAAGUUCUGAUGAUUUAAUGCGCAUGGAAUCCAUGAGAAGCUCGUACUCUCCGUGGACAUGGGAUCAUAUAAGGAGAAGAUCACCAGAUGGGUUUCCGAGUACUUCAAGGGGUAUUUCCCCUCAAAGGGAUGUCCAAGACCUACAGAGAAGGCCAUUAAACAGGACAUAUGAUGGCGUCAGACCAGUUCCAUAUGUAAGUCGAGAUGUUCUUGAAGCUUCGAGGCCUCCAGUAAGUACACCUCAAUCUUUCAUGUCACGCUCUACAAUGUCCACAUUACCUCCAGUAACUGCAAAGCCUGUAGCAUCUCAUGCUGGCCAACUUCCUCCAUCAAGCAGUGUUGCCCAAAGGUCAUCAUAUGUGGGUGAUGAACAAGUACAACAACCAAACCAGACUGUGGAUGGUCUGUUACAUGCACUAGGACUUCAAAAAUAUGCCAUUCUCUUUAAGGCAGAGGAAGUGGAUAUGACUGCAUUGAAGCAGAUGGGAGAAAAUGAUCUCAAAGAACUCGGGAUUCCUAUGGUAAUUAAUUGUCUUUCUUUUCAUAUAUAUUCAGAUGUUUUUCAAUGACGUUUACUGAUAGGAUGAUGAGGGUGUAUGUUAGGAGAAAGAAGAGUAUGUGAGUAGUUAGUUGCAUUAGCUGGCCUAACUGUCUGACAGUUAGGAAGGGGGAACACUUAUUGUUGUAUAAAUAGUUAAGGGGAAUAAGGGGAGGGACUUUUGGACUGUUAGUAGUUUCUAAAACAGGAUUUGGUUAUCCUUGUUGGGGAAGGUUAAGCUUCCUUUGUUCUUCCUAUUCUUGCAUUCUUUCUUGAAAGUCAAUAAUAUCAGAGGUUAUACAUACUUUCUGUACUGUUUUCGAGAGUUGUUGAGUGAGAGAUAGGAUUUCUUUAACAAGAAACCUAACAAUUUGGUCAGACCUGCCAGAUCCCAAUUUUGCGAGAAGUGAACAAAGAUGGAGAACGAUACCGAUGCGAGACUGGAGGCAAUUGAGAUCACGAUGGAGGGAAUGAAGGCUGAGUCAGCGGCUGUACGACGAGACUUGCAGCAAAUUAUGAGG